AUGGAGAAGAUUGAAGACAUUGUGAAAAGAAACAGCAGCGCCUUCCUUAGCAUUAAAGAUGAUGAAGCAUCAAAAUGUGACCAGUCUCUAACAUCCUUAAAUCUGGUUCUUUGUGGGAGACGAGGAGCAGGGAAAACCUCAGCAGCCAAGGCCAUUCUAGGUCAGACAGAUCUUCCUUCAGCCUCCAGCUCAUCACAGUGUGUUAGAAACCAGGGAGAAGUGUGUGGACGUUGGGUUUCUCUGGUGGAGCUGCCUGCAUUGUAUGGAAAACCUCAGCAGGAAAAGAUGAAGGAAUCAUUCAGGUGUAUCACUCUCUGCAACCCUGAGGGUGUCCACGCCUUCAUCCUGGUCCUACCUGUGGGUCCCCUCACUGAUGAAGAGGAGGGAGAGUUACAGACCAUCCAGGACACAUUCAGCUCUCGCAUCAACAACAACACAAUGAUUCUGUUCACUACAGAUUUAGAUCCUGAACAUCCAGAUGUGGUUAAGUGUCUUAAAAAAGAUAAGAACAUCAAGGAGCUAAUUAAGAAAUGUGGAAAAAGAUACGUUGUUGUCAAGAGCAGUGACAAGAAGCAGUUCUCUAAAGUAAUAGAUUUUGUAGGGAAAAGGGAACAAAGCUGCUACACAAUAGAAACCCUCUGUGAAGCUUACUUGGAUAAAAUAUUAAAACAAGAGGAAAACUUCUCCGGACUACAGACAAAAUCUUCCAUGCUUCCAUCACAGAACAAGUGGACAAAUGAGUGCCUCCGGAUAGUUCUGAUUGGGACGACUGGUUGCGGGAAGAGCUCUUCAGGAAAUACUAUCCUUGGUAGAGAAGAGUUUGAAGCUGACUUAAGCCAAAACUCAGUGACAAGGUGCUGUAAGAAAUCACUGGGUGAGGUGGAGGGCCGUCCAGUUGCUGUGGUGGACACUCCUGGCUUGUUUGACGACAGUUUAACACAAGAAGAAGUGCAGCUAGAAUUGGUCAAAUGUAUCAGCCUUCUGGCACCGGGUCCACAUGUCUUCCUGGUAGUGGUACCAAUUGGAGCAAGACUCACACCAGAGGAGAAACAGACAUUAAAACUUAUUAAAGAAGGUUUUGGGAAGAAUUCUGAAAAGUACACCAUCAUUCUUUUUACCAGAGGAGAUUUGCUAAAGGAUAAGCAGUCCAUAGAUGAUUAUGUGGAAAAAAACUGUGGUGACUCCCUUAAAAAGAUUAUUGAUGACUGUGGGGGUUACCAUAUGUUUGACAACAACGACAUUCAAAACCGCAGACAGGUUAUAGAGCUGAUCAGAAAGAUUGACAACUUGGUGGCUAAAAAUGGAUGCUUUACCAAUGAGAUGCUGCAAGAGGCUGUAACAGCCAUAGAGAACCAAAUUCAACUAAUCCUGAAGGAGAAAGAAGAAGAAAUUGAGAAAGAAAAGAAGAAGCUGGAGGAAAGAUACCAAAAGCAAAUGGAUGAAAUGGAAAGAGACAUGAAAGAAGAAAGAGCAAAGAAAAUAAAAGAGUUAAAUGCGAAAGAAAACAAAAUUAAAGAGAUUGAAAAACACAUUUACCAGACUGAAGAAGAAAAAAAGAAAGAACAAGAAAAAUGGAAGCAGGAAAGAGAGGCUUUGAUGGGAAACCAACCGAAAG